AUGGCGUUGAAACCUGGCCCCGAAAUCGAAGCCUGGCUCGGCUGUCCACCCGGCCACGACCCAGCUGUCGAAAACGACUGGUCGCUGCUCCCCUUCAUGGCCCUUUCCGACGGCGCACACGCCUCGAUCGAAGACUACUCAUACUUUACCUUGCGGCGGUCGCAGACGGCGGAACAUGGCGCAACCAGUCUGUUUGGCAUCAGCUGUACACGGCAGUUGGAUGCGCGGGAGUUGAUUGACAGGCCGGCCGAGGUGACGCGGAGUACGGUGCAGAAGGCGGUUGUGGUGAUUAGUGAUAAGCCCGAGUUCUUUGGCGCCAUCAAGGCGGGGUUGGGCAGUGUGGUGGAGAGGUGGUUUGCGCAGAGGGACUUUACCGAUAUUGAAAUUCUGCAACGAUUUCAGGAGAGUCUGCCACAGUUACUCAGGAAUCAAGAGGGCCAGGCGGAGAGCUACUUUGGCAUCUCACUCAGGGAAUUUAUACAUGAGUUCAAGUGGCAGACUCUUGUUUUGUUCAAGUGUGCUUUACUUCAACCAAAGGUUCUCUUCUUCGGCUCCCAUUGCGAACGAUUAUGCAUGAUGCAAUUUGCUCUAAUUUCUCUGAUACCCGGCCUUAUUCGCCACCUCCAAGAUGCUGCUGAUCCCAAAUUCAAUUCAUGCGAGGAGAAACUCGUCAUGCCCACUUCGCUCAAGACGUCGGAGCGUGCUUCCCUCCUCGCCUACAUGGGCCUCCCCCUCCAACUCUUCGGCAAAGGAUCCCUAUUUGGGCCCUAUACGCCGCUCCAACAACUCGACAUACUCGCCGACCAAGACACCAAAUCGUACAUUGUCGGCUCAACCAACUCCCUUUUACUCCAGCAACGCGACCGCUACAGCGACAUCCUCAUCAACCUCGACGAUCACACCGUACUCACUACCUCCGCCGCACUCAAACAAGCUUCUGUCCUCUCCACCCCAGACCGUCGCUGGAUCGACUUCCUCACUCAAACCGUAAACGAGACCUGGGACGAGUCAGACCCCGCGCGGCCCAAAGAUCACGGGUACACAGGUAGUGAGGAGUUUAUACGCAUGCAAUUCGAAGAGUACCUACUCGCCAUGCUAAGUUCGGUAAAGUACAAGUUGUACGUGGAGAGGAGUGGGCGCAAAGAAAGCAUCAUCACCGACGUCGAGGGCGAUCCGGCAAGCGAGUUUGGAAACGAUUGGGUACAUGCGUGGAUGCAGACGGAAAACUUCCGCAUCUGGAAUAAAUUCACAGACUCCCAUCUCUUCGACAUUGUGGAUCCUAAGCACCCUUGCUCCGGUGGUUUAAGCAUCGAAGAUGUCCAACGCCGUCUUGCACAUCUUUCCCACAGACCCACCCCAUCCACAUCAACAUCACCGCUGCUGAUGCUGAUGCGCGUGGCCCCCACCUUUUAA